UUGUCACAGAUUACACACAGUCUCGUUAUAUCAUAAACAACACAAAUAAAACUAUUACAACGCAUACGCGUAAAGGUGAAUAAAAGGUAUUGGGCAUAAGAUGACAAAGGACUACAGUGGACUAUUAACAAAGCCGUACAGUGUUAUGUCCGUGAAAACAUACCGGUGGACAAUAAUAUGUUGUAGUGUUUUCUGACGAAAGCAGCAGUAGAAAACUAAGUUUUUGAGAAUAACGUCAUCUGUUGGUGAAAAAACAGAACACGUUUACGGUAGUUUAUUGGAACACCUUCUGCUGUCACGAGUGAAACAAAGUAGAAUACCAGCAAGUUACUGUGAUCUUUGUCUUCUAAAUUAAUUGAAUAUUUUUAAACUCCGCUGUCAUCUAAGAAUAUAGAAACCGCCAAUACUUAGGUGUUUACCUGCAAAAAGUCACGUGAAGGAAAGUAGCAGUUUUGUGAACUGCGCCACCUAUUAUUCGAAAUAGAGACUGCGAUGGUUGAAGACACGGACGUGCAAGCGGACCGCGUGUCAGCGGCCGCUGUGCUACAGUUCGCAGCAAGGGAAGUUCGCGAGGGACGGAGGUUCUUCUCAUUUGGAUAUUCUUACGAUUUUGGCUCGGCCGCUCAGCCAUCUCUUGUCGAUAUGGGGGGGAGUGGCACCAGCUCCUCAUCCUCCCACAUGUCUCCAGGAUGGCAGGUCAACGAUCUGGAUUUGGACUUGCCCGGCGAGCUGUCCAUGAACGAGGCUCUACUAUCGCUGCCUGCAUUGGCAAACUUCAAACAGGAGGCGCCGUCCCCCACGGGGGUUGUGCUGUCCCCCCCUGUGAGGAGGCAGUGGCCCCCUCGCAGGAAUGAUGACAGACAGAUCACUAGUAUGGUUGUAGACAGCCGUGACGCGAUAGAGCAGUCUCCGCCGCAUAAUGGCCUCAUAAGUCAAUACUCCAGUAGCCCCGAGAGCAUGCAGUGCCAACCGGCGAUCCCCACAUCUAUGAUCAAUAUGAACGGCUACCACUCACCCACUGAACACGAUAAUAAAAAUGCUGGUCUGUUGAUGUGUUCUCCGAGCUCGUUCGACGGCUUCUUGCACUCUCCAGUGCAGCAGCGGACUGAUGUGGUCUACAAGGAUGACUCCAGGUUUCAAUACGUGCUAGCUGCGGCUACGUCCAUAGCGACAAAACAAAACGAGGAAACACUCACAUAUCUGAACCAGGGACAGCCCUACGAGAUCAAGCUGAAGAAACUGGGCGACCUCUCGCACUCCAAGGGGAAGAUAUUUAAGAGUGUGAUCAAGAUCUGUUUCCACGAGCGUCGUCUCCAAUACAUGGAGCGGGAGCAGAUCGCGCAGUGGCACGAGCAGAGACCUGGAGAGAGAAUCAUUGAGGUGGACGUGCCUCUAUCAUACGGGGUGACUCGUGUCGAACAACCUUCAACCCUCAACGCGUUGCAUGUCUUCUGGGACCCCACCAAAGAUGUCGGUGUUUUUAUCAAGGUGAACUGUAUCUCCACGGAGUUCACCGCCAAGAAACAUGGCGGAGAGAAGGGUGUACCUUUCCGCAUCCAGGUUGAGAGCUACCUGGGGAGUGAUGAGAACACCAGGCUUCACGCUGCUGCCUGCCAGAUCAAGGUGUUCAAGCUGAAAGGCGCAGAUCGCAAACACAAGCAGGACAGAGAGAAAGUCAGCCGGCGUCCCCCUUCCGAUCUGGACAAAUACCAGCCGGGGUGUGAAGCCACUGUCCUCACCACGUUGUCGAGCGACGCGGUGAUGCCCCCGCCGUCUCUAGUUACCACUUCGCCGCCCUAUUCGCCAGAGAUGUGUACUGCACCUAAAUCGAUCGGCAGCCCUGGUUUGACAAAUAAACCUGUACUGAGCCAGCCAUCUAUCAUCACAUCGACAAAUCAAAUGAAGCCGCUUUAUCGCCAAGACAGCUCCGAAGUGAAGGUCCAAACACCAUCAUGCCACUCCCCUGGAGCUAUUUUGCCCGACUUGCCUGCGAACAAUAGUGAAGAUGACAAGAACAAUGGUUUGUCGAAGGACGCGGGUGCCAACGAGACGCAGAGCUGGCUGUCUCGACAUCGCUUCGGUCACCACACCAACACCUUCGCGAACUUCUCCGGGGCUGACCUGCUGAGACUGUCCCGAGACGACCUUAUACAGAUCUGCGGUCUGGCCGAUGGAAUACGUUUGUACAAUGCCCUGCAUGCCAAACGCAUUGAGCCCCGCCUGACACUGUACGUGUCCGCCGGUACCGCCAUCUACAGCGCGCUCUACCUCGACGCGUGCCUGGCGUCAGAACUGUUGCACAAACUCCACCAGCUGUGCACCAACAAUCCGGCUGCCAAGGACUGCGAGACUGUGCUUGUGAGUGGACCGAAUGGAGCUAGAGUACGAUUGACAGACGAGUUGGUUCGUCACCUGCCGGAUACAUCUACCUACAGACUUGACUACGAGGAUAACUCUCUACUUCUCACUCCCACCAACCACUAAUGGCAGGAGUCGAUCGUGAGAUACAACUAAGUUUUUAUAAUUUUGAUGUAUAAGCAACUCACAGAUUGUAUUCUUGUUGAAGUUACAAGAAUACAAUUAUACAGAUUGUCUUUGAUAAAUUCAAUUCAGGCAGCGUACAGAUAUCGCGCGAGAUAUAUGCAGAGUUCAGGAAUGCGAUAGUGAUGUGACCGGGAAAAUUGAUGACCUUAUUAUUACAUGAAUUUAUCGAUAAAUCUUCAAACAAUGCUUCAAGUUUACCAUUUUACACUAGAUUAAAAUAAUGGAUAAUAUUUUCAUCAUAUUUACCCAAUAAUUAAAUCUCUAAAUUUUGUUCUGCCUUUCUUCAACAGAAAACUAAACUAAACAUUUUUCGCGAAUUCUCGUGCUUGAUGUUGAAUAAAAACUCAUUUUUUUUAAUGGAAAACUGAUGGACUCGGAUAAGUCAUUAUUAAAAUCAUCUUUAUCUUAGGCCCCGAUUGCAUUCAACUCGCGCGAUAACUGUAGAUAUGGCGACUUUGGUUUCAGAAAUACCCGACAAAAGUCGAUUCGUGGAUAGCUUACUAAUAAUAAUUGUAAGAAUGCAUCGCAACAAAUAACAAACAGAACUAUUACUUUGUUAAAGCGAUAAAAUAAUAUACUCAGAGAAAACUGCUAGAUCUUUCUUGAAUCUAGAUCUAUUAUGUCUUUAGCCAUGGCGUUCGUUUUACAUAGAUUAUUGUAUUUUUAUAGUUUAUUAUAAAAUAAAUGAUAUAAAAAUAUGUAGAGAUAUGAGUAUUACAAAAUGUUUUUCCCGAGUAGCGUACCUUUUAUAUGUACUAACUCUCAUCUCAUAGAUAUUAAUUAAAUGUGACUAGUUUUUAUUAUGUUUAGCUAUACAAAAACAAUGUCACACUAAUUCAUUAUAUUUUGGACGAUUCACUUACAUUUGAUAGACUCCCCUCUCCUUCUCAAGUGUGAGCAUGUCGUAUAUUCUACAAUUUUUAAUCUGGAACUCAUUUAAAGCGGUGUUCCACAAUUAAAAACUUUUCCUUUCAAUUUAUUUAUAAAGUUCAUAUUUCGCGUUUAGAUUUUAAAUUGCACGUCAUGAAAUUUUUGUCUCUUGUUAUACCUCUGUAUGGCACCUUAUUAUUAUGAAGUCUGUCAUCCUGUUGUGCUAAGUACAGAGUUGGAGAGAAUGGGCAACUAGUUUAUUAGAAUGGGACCAAAGUGUCACAACAUACAUUAGGUAUAAUCAGCAUAUUAUAUUAUAAAAUCAGCUGGUUUUUAGAAGCAUAUUAUUGAAAUAUGUUGAAUUUAGAGUAUCUUCUUAGUAUAAAAUGAGAUUAUUUUAGGCACACUUGGUGUAUGUGCCACAGACAACUGUUACAUAAUAUAUUCCAAGUGUGACGAAGUACAGUAUAAGAAUUCUCUUUAUUUUUAGUUGAAAAUUAUUAUUAGGUAAAGCUGUAACACAUUUUGUUAUUGGUAUUGCCAUUUGUUCGUCAAUUACCAUUAUAAUUAUUAAUUAAUUAUAAGGCUUUUUAUAAUAGCGUAUUUUUGUCGUGCCUUUAUUAAAAAAAAUCGCCAUUAUUUGCUAAGUUUUAUCCGUAGAUUAAAUUGUUAAAUUUUGAAUAUUUGUCUAAGUAAUUGUGCUCGAAAGGCAAUUUUCGUUAGACAACAUUAUUGUUGUUAUUACAAAAAUUAAAGGUUGUUUAACGCUAAACAACACAAAGAUACGAAUUUCUACAAGAACUUUUUUAAAACGAGUGUUCAACACGAGUUUUACUUUUUUGUAAUAACUCAGUAUAGGUUUUACGUCAAUAUUAAUUAUUAUAUAUAAAGUUUAAAUAAGUAAGGCUUGUGUGGUAAUAAUAAUUCAUUUUAACUUGUGAAGGUGUUAUAUACUCCGUGUACGAAUGUCAGUCUCACCAAGUAUCAGUGUUAUGUUAUUAUUAUAGUUGUAAUUAUAUUUUAUUGUAUUGUAUUUUAUUAAUAAAUGCCUUUGGAAGUCUAUUAUCAACUACAAAUUAUUUCUUAUUUUUUUCUGAUUUAUGUUAUAGUCAAACUUCAAAGCUCUGGUGUUUCCAGGUUUAGCUAAUCAAUCAAUGAAAGCCAUAUAGCUUGUUUAAGGUUUUCUUUAUCGAAUUUAUGUCUAUUUCUAGAAGUUGCGGAUUAAGACGGACAGAAUCAAUAUAGUCAAAGUGGUUCCAGUCUAGAACUGACCAGCGUGUAAAUGACGUACGUAGAUAAUUGACUUUAGUUUAAUAAUAACUACUUCCUAGUUAUACCUGAGCUGAACAUUGUUCUUUGACUAUUACAUUUAAAAAUGCAAUAUAUAAUAUGAUAGAAACAGCUUUAGAUGUAUGUACUUUAAAGUCAACGAAACAUCGAGAUAUUCAUCCCAAAAUCAUUAUUUUGUAAAUACAGUUGCGCUUACGUAGAGAUAAUACGAGUUUUAUUUUUUUUUAAUUUAAUAAUUUACCUUCAAUGUUUUAUUUAGUUGUCAACUUGUAAUAAAACGCAAAAAUCUCACUAACUUGCAAGUCUAUUGAAUUAUUUAGUUUUAAUAAAUAAUUUUAGAUAUGUAUAUUUAAGCAACACCCGUGUGAGCCGGUGUUAUAGCCUUACUAUGUGCCUUGUUGGAGAACAGCGCUUAUUGUGUCCGGAGUUUUAUAUUAGUUAGUGUUUAAGUGUUACUUAUGUUGUGUAGUGGCAAUAUAUGAUAGUAAUAAA